AUGUCCGCUGACGACACCAAGGGCUUCGAGUCGCCCACGGCCAAUGCGGUUCCCGCCAACCACGGCGACGCCCUUCAUGACGAAAACGCCGCCGUCGGGCAGGGUCUGCACAUCCUCGAGACCAAGUCGGUGCACUGGUACAGCUACUUUUCCACGGCCGACUUCUGGAUUAUCCUCGCCAUUGGCCAGAUCCUCGCCCUGUGCAUUACCGCUACCAACACCUUCACCACUUUCCUCGCCAAUGCGGGUACCAACAUCCCCGCCUUCCAGACCGUCUUCAACUACAUCCUGAUGUUCCUCAUCUACACGCCCGUGUUCCUCUACCGUGAUGGACCGGGCGAGUGGUGGCGCAUCGCCAAGAAGGACGGCUGGAAGUACUUCAUCAUGUCAUUCCUGGAUGUCGAGGGCAACUACUUCACUGUCUUGGCCUACCGCUACACCAACAUCCUGUCCGCGCAGCUGAUCAACUUCUGGUCUAUCAUCUGUGUCGUCAUCAUCUCCUUCUGCCUCCUCAAGGUCCGCUACAAGCUCUUCCAGGUCAUCGGCAUCCUCGUCUGCUGCGGUGGCAUGGGUAUCUUGCUUGCGUCUGACCACAUCACUGGCUCCAACGGCGGCCCUGGAAUCAACCUGGUCAAGGGCGACCUGUUCGCCUUGCUCGGUGCCACUCUGUACGGCACCUCCAACGUCUUCGAGGAGUGGCUCGUCUCCCGCGCGCGCGUUUACCACGUUCUGUCCUUCAUGGGCAUGUUUGGCAUGAUCAUCAACGGUAUCCAGGCUGCCAUCUUUGAUCGCCAGUCUUUCCGUGACGCCACCUGGAACGGCGACGUCAUCGGCUGGAUCGUCGGCUACACCCUUUGCCUGAACGUGUUCUACUUCCUGGCUCCCUACAUCCUUCGCAUGGGCAGCGCUGCCUUCUUCGACAUUUCGCUGUUGACGGCCAACUUCUGGGGUGUCAUCAUCGGAAUCCGGGUCUUCGGAUACACCAUCCACUACCUCUACCCCAUCGCUUUCGUUCUUAUCAUCAUCGGUCUCAUCACCUACUUCCUUGCAGGCAGCAUGCUCGGCGACUCCAAGAAGCCCUGGCUCGGUGAUAACCAGGAGGACGGCGUUGCUGGUUACGGAACUGCCAAGCUCAAGGCCCUCAACGCUGCUCGUGCUGCCCAGCUCGAGGCUGAGAACGGCACUGUUGCCGCUUGA